UGCAAUUUUCUAUAUAAAUGAAGUGAUUGUCCUACACAGAGACCGGAAAACUUAUGGCUAGGUACUGUGUUGCCUGUGACACUGUGAGGCAGUUCAGUAUGGUUACUGGAACAGAGACCUUGCCCGAGUUGGUAAGAAAGCAUUAGAAGUCACUUUUUCUCCAAUCUCGUUUUUUAUUUUUUUUAUUUGAGUAUUUGGUCUCAGAAAAACAUAUUGUGGCAGCGGGGGCGUGGUCAAGCAUCUCUCCGGAGAGAGAGAAAGCGGUAAGGGCGCUUACACCAGAGUUAAAUUAUGUCUAACACCUGUCUCUAAUUUCAGUGAGCACGGGGAGAGCGGCAUAAAUAGAGCCACACAGCACUUAGACGAGAGAGAGCCUGGGCACGACAGACGAGAAUGAAACAAGAGUGUUAUUAUUAUAAAUGAUGAGAGUGUAUUUUGUGUGUGAUUGGAGAUUAACUUAGUGGAUAACGCAAAGACUGUAAUUGUGCUACAGACGCAGAAAAUAAAAUUCCUUACCUAAACAAGGAAAGCUGCUUCUCGCCUCCUCCUUUACACUGGUGCCGAAACCCGGGAGAAGUUUGGGUCGCACUCCGGAGGAAAGUCGUCAACUCUUCCGGAGCUUGAAGUUGGAGAGCUCCGACCGCCCGUUUGCCUUUGCCCAGGGGCUCCGUGAUGCCUGCCGAAGAUGGCUGCUAGCGGGGGACUGCGACGUCCAGGGAAUUAUCGACCAGGUGGUACUGGAACAAUUCACAGAUCGACUGCCAAAAGGGACGGGGGAGUGGGUCCAGUGCCAUCGCCCGGCGUCGUUGGAGGAAGCUAUCCGACUUGCGGAGGACCACAUGGCGGCGAUCCCGAGGGCGGAAGAGCCCUCCUACAUUUUCUCUCCUCCUUCUGUUUCUUCCCCCUCCCCUCUCUCCUCUCGUUCUGCUCUCUCUCCAGGUCCCGUUGCUGCCCCACGCAGACGAGGAGGACUUCAGCCCCUGAGACCAGUUCCCCGGGUUCCCCUACUUCAGUGCCCCGCCGCUCUCCCCCUCAGGGGGGGCCGCCCGCCGACUCAAGUGCGGGCGUAGCGCAUGGGCCGGCCUGCUGGAGGUGCGGAGACCCGAGCCACUUCCGAGAUCAGUGCCCUCUGAUGGAGCUGGGGACGGUGGUGCGGGUCUCUGACCUCCCACAGGCUGCCCCCGACCGGGCCGGAGCGUACUGGAUACCGACAGAUGCUUCAGACAGGGGGCUGGGGGCCGUGCUCUCUCAGGUGGUGGAGGGAGAGGAGCGCCCGGUGCUGUACAUUAGCCGUAAGCUCUCGUUGAGGGAAACUAAGUACAGCACCGUAGAAAAGGAGUGUCUUGCCAUCAAGUGGGCGGUCCUCACUCUCCGAUACUACCUGUUGGGGCGGGUCUUCACCCUCUGUUCCGAUCACGCCCCACUCCAAUGGCUCCACCGCAUGAAAGAUACCAAUGCCCAGAUCACCCGUUGGUAUCUGGCUCUUCAGCCAUUUAAGUUCAAGGUGGUCCACAGACCGGGGGUGCAGAUGGCUGUCGCCGACUUCCUUUCUAGGAAUGGGGGGGGAGUGGUAGCCAGGCCAGAUGCCGCCCCGGCCUGAGUCGGGCGGUGGGGAUAUGUGGCAGCGGGGGCGUGGUCAAGCAUCUCUCUGGAGAGAGAGAAAGCGGUAAGGGCGCUUACACCAGAGUUAAAUUAUGUCUAACACCUGUCUCUAAUUUCAGUGAGCACGGGGAGAGCGGCAUAAAUAGAGCCACACAGCACUUAGAUGAGAGAGAGCCUGGGCACGACAGACGAGAAUGAAACAAGAGUGUUAUUAUUAUAAAUGAUGAGAGUGUAUUUUGUGUGUGAUUGGAGAUUAACUUAGUGGAUAACGCAAAGACUGUAAUUGUGCUACAGACGCAGAAAAUAAAAUUCCUUACCUAAACAAGGAAAGCUGCUUCUCGCCUCCUCCUUUACACACAUAUAUAUAUAUAUGUUUUUAGCAUUAGAAGUCACUUUUUCUCCAAUCUCGUUUUUUAUUUGAGUAUUUGGUCUCAGAAAAACAUAUAUAUAUAUAUAUAUAUAUAUAUAUAU